CUCCUGCUGAUGGGGCCGUUCUGCCCGUGCUCUCUCGCAGGACCUGGACGUGGUGGGCGACGGCAUGCAGUGUCCCCCGUCCCCUCUGCUCUUCGAUCCCUCCGUGGCCCUCGACCAGUCCCUCCGAGACGUGGCCGAGGCCCCCAUAGACAUUCUGGCCCUCGAGGAGACGUCCCAAGCGGGGGUCCUGGCCCAGGCGGCGCCUCCGGACAGAGGGAGCUCGUCUGCCCACGGCUUCUCUGCGGCCGCUGAGCCUCCUGCGCAGAGCCUCCUGCACCCGGGGCCCCCCGACGAGAGGCGGCCGGAGGAAACGGCCCCCAACGGGAACCCGGAGCUGGCCUCCGGGAGCUGAGCCGGGAGCGAGCGAGGGGCUUCCCUGCAGAGCCCCCCCCCCUCCC